AUGUUAUUCUUUGAUACCAUCAAUAUUUCAUACUUUUUGUAAUUGUCUAGAGGAUACAGUACGGAUUUGGUUCUUGAUCUUAAGCGAAUCUUCUGUGAUAAUCUAGUUGAUAUUAAUCCAUACAUAAUUAAUUGCUAAAAUUAGACUGGCUAACAAUAAUUCAAUCUUUAGGAUUUAUAUACUCUUCUUCCAUAUAUCAAUGAUAAAGUUUCUUUCAUUUUAAUUAAGUUUUUGGAACACACAUUCACUGUUCAAUUUUGUGAAGAUCUACACUUUAGAACUCAAAAAAAGUCGAAUUUCUCCAUCUCAUACACACUACUUAUCAAAAAAUGA